CUCUUUUUACAGUUAGCUUGCGGGAAAGAACUCUGUGGAGGGAGAUAAUUUAACCGUAACGCAAAGUAAUAGCAGUACUGUAGUACAGUAUAGACAUGGCAGCAAACACUACAGAAGCGAAGUUAGAUUUGGUGAAGAAACACAUAAAAGCGUUUCCUGAUUUUCCAAUCAAGGGGAUACUUUUCAGAGAUAUAUGUCCAAUUCUGAAAGACCCGGGUGCACUGACAGCAGUCAUUGAUCUUUUUGAGGAACAUGUGCGACAGACUCACCAUCAAGUAGAACUGAUUGCGGGUCUAGAUGCCCGGGGGUUUCUGUUCGGACCCCUUCUAGCCCAGAGGUUAGGAGUGGGAUUUGUGCUGAUCCGGAAGAAGGGAAAGCUUCCAGGACGCACAGUGUCGGUGCCGUAUACACUUGAGUAUGGACAGGCUGAGGUUGAGAUGCAGGAGGAUGCUGUGGCUCCAGGACAGAAGGUGCUUCUAAUUGAUGACCUGCUGGCAACUGGUGGGACUCUGUCUGCUGCGUGUGAGCUCUUGAGAAAAAACAAGGCGGAGUUGCUAGGCUGCGUGGUGGUCAUUGAAAUGAAGGAUCUCCAUGGGUCUGAAAGAAUCAAGCCAGCUACAGUCUUCUCUCUAAUACAGUACUGAAGUCCAAAAUAACUCCUUUCACACUAUUGUUUAGCAUUUCUGUUGUAUACUACUGCAGUGGUUAUCCUCAUCAGGAAUUUCACAGUACUUGUGUGACUGGUUCAAUGUCUUUUGAAUAAAAGAUACCUUUC